AAGCGCACGCGCCGGGGGGAAUGGCGGUUAGGGCGUGCGGUUUGGAGCCGGUUUCUGCUCGUGAGCGAUAUAACUCGGUGAUGGAUAGUGCGUCUGUUCGCAUUUAAGUAAGCGCACCAACCGGCGAAAGUGAGGAGCCCCCCAAGCAAACGAAAGACAAGGAACCUCUUUGGAUCCUCGCAAAGGAGAGCUAAGUUAUUGAGUAGUUUAUGUCUAGUGCGUGAGUGUGUGUGGGUGCGCGAAUAGAAGAAGUCUUCUUCUGUAAUCAAUAUGCAGUACGCUCAAGUGACGCUGCCGAACUAUUCCUAUGUGUUCAAUUUCGAAUCAGAAUUUAGCCACCAGCCUACCCGCACGUGGAUGUCUGAGAACUGGACGCUGGGUUUCUAUUAUGUAGGGCUAUACAUGGUGCUGAUAUUCGGGGGGCAAUAUCUGAUGCAGAACCGACCCCGGUUCGAAUUGCGAGGGGUCCUCUGUCUCUGGAAUACUGCGUUGGCAACAUUCAGUAUAAUGGGCGCAGUGCGUACCCUGCCCGAGUUCAUAACUACCCUGACGCAUCACGGCAUAUACAAUUCCGUGUGCAUUCCUUCGUUCAUCGAGAUGGAUAAGGUAUCCGGUUUCUGGACUUGGAUGUUCGUCCUCAGCAAAUUGCCAGAGCUCGGCGAUACCAUUUUCAUAAUAUUAAGAAAGCAGCCGCUGAUUUUCCUGCACUGGUACCAUCACAUAACAGUACUGCUAUAUUCGUGGUUCAGCUACACGGAAUAUACUGCGAGUGCGAGAUGGUUUAUUGUUAUGAACUACUGCGUGCAUUCACUUAUGUACUCUUAUUAUGCACUGAGGGCGAUGGGUUAUAGUCCUCCGCGCCAAAUCGCCAUGGUGAUCACAUCCCUGCAACUCCUCCAGAUGGUCGUCGGUUGUGCAGUCAACUUCUGGGCCCGCCAAUUGCUGCAAAGCAACAUCAAAUGUCACAUCUCUGAAAGGAACAUUAAACUGUCCCUGGCGAUGUACUUCAGUUACUUCGUGCUCUUCGCACGGUUCUUCUACAAAGCGUAUCUGUCUGGUGAUAGACGCAAACCGAAGAGUCGUCCUGCCAACGCGGAAUACCCUGGAAUUAAAUCUAAAGUACACUAGCAAUAACAGGAACUUUCGUUCCAGAGUUACCAAGAUUCCAAAAUUGUUAUUAAAAUAAAAUAUAUUUUUUGGGUAGUGGUUGUGAUGUGCUAAAAUUAAGUAUAAACAGUUGCUAAAUAAUUGCUUAAAAGGAAAAAAUAAUGAUUCUUUUUUAGUAUUAAUUUUGGGUGUAAUGUUUAUUAUUAUUAAUUUCGCGUAUAGGAUUCUUCUAGGGAAUAAAAUCGCUCAAAAGAAUCUUACGAAAAUGGGAAGAAUAAUUUUAUUUAUCAAUUACUUUUUCCUUUUUGUAUCAAAUAUACAUUUUUUACCGUUCAAUGUACCAGAAGAAUCAUUGAAUUUAUUUAUAUUAUCUAACCGGGCAUAAUAAUUGUAAUUACCUUACUAUUUUUUAUUGUUAUUGUUGGGUUUUUGUACAUUGCAAAAGGCUAGUCAUUUUUUAGAUAAAUAAGAAAAAUGUACUAAAAAAAAGUAUGGUAAAGAAAAAAGCAAGGAGCGCAAAGGUUUUAUACUUUAACGAAAUUUUUUGUAAACUGAAACCAGUAUGUUUUCUUUUAUUGUAAUAUAAUGCAUUUUUUUCUCCUUUAUAUUUAUUUUUCAUUUAGAAAUGACAACUUUUAUUUAUAUUCUUCCUUUCAUUCCAGAUAAUGGAGAAAAUG